CAUCGGCAGUUCAGACUUCCGGUCUGUAAUCUGUAUUAUUUCGUUUGGCCUUGGUCUUGAGUCUGGUCUGGUGUCAACACUGUCAAAGUGUCAAGUCAUAUUGCUCAAGUGUAUGAUGUUUGCCCGUGAAAUCUAUUACGAAUUUUCGUCUUGAUAAUAUUCCUUUACACAUUUAGAAACUCAAAAUUCAGUUGUUUCUUGUGUGUAACAUUAUGCAUAAAAGAUACCGGGAUGGACCACAAUUGCGUAAGAGUUACAUGGAUAAUAGACAUCACCGGCGGUUCAGAUUAGGUGAUGAAGACCUAUAUUCGAGGAAAAGAAUGAAGAGUGACCUGGAUGACAGAUAUCACCAGCGGUACAGAUUAGGCGAAGAAGUGUAUUCAAGGAAAAGAAUGAAGAGUGACAUGGAUGACAGAUAUCACCAGCGGUUCAGAUUUGGUGAUGAAGGGUAUUCAAGAAAAAGAAUGAAGUUUCAGGACAAAGAGUGGAGAGUAGUGGAAAAGCCUCCUAAGAAAACUUUAAACAAGGAAUACUGGCAUGAAUGUAUUGGUUCUAAGCUUCAUAAGUUUUUCUUCUCCCCGUGCAUAGAAAAGGAAUCAUCCUUAACAUGGUAUCACUACUCAGAUUAUAAUGGGUCUUACAUAUCGCAUGUUUGGUAUGAAAUAAAAAAAGAUAUAAAUUAUGAUGAUGAUGAUUUGGAAACAGUCAAGCAGAUGUUUAAUGAGAUAUUUAUUAUGACUUAUAAGAACUACUUCGAGGGUGUUGCUGAUUUUGAGAAACGGCUUCAUGACAUGCUAAAGAACUACAAAUGUUCCGAAGAAAAAAAACAAAAUUGGAUUUUCCAACGGUGUCAAGAAAGAAAUAUGAGAAUUGUUUCAAAUUCAGAUAGGAUUAUUUCAGCUUUUUCCUUUCAACAUUUAGCCCAAGACACUGUGAAGACUUGUGUAGAAUAUUUAUUUAACUAUUACGAUGAUGAAUUGAUGAUGUUUUUAUGCCAAUUACUUCAGGCACUGAAGAAAGAGUUUCUGGGAAUAUGGAGUAGAAUUGUAGGGGUCGAUAAAGAGUGUGUGGAAUCCUAUUGUCAAAGACUGUAUGGAUUAGUGGAUAAUCCAGACUUGUCAAUGAAAGUAAAGUCAACAAUACAGAAAAUGCAAGAAAAAUUUAUAAUUAAAGAUCUUGCUACUGAUAGACUAAGAGUAUGUUAUGGACAGAGAAGGAUAAUUUAAAUUUCCACAUGAUUAAGCAGAUGAAUUUACGUCUUAGAAGAGAUGUCUGGAAAGUGAGAAUGGUGUCACUCAUAAAGCAAUUAUUCAUUUUAAAGGACUUGUAUGUUUGCUACUCUGUUUAAUGAUAAUUAGGUACUUAAGUUAACUGUGUGAACUGCUGAUAAUUUUAUGAUCAAGAAACUAAGUUUUUUGAGUAACAUAUUAGAAACAAGCAUUGUUUUUUUCUGCUUUUAUUGUGGUGCUUUGUUUUUAAAACAAACUUAUGACAUUAAAUUAUUAUAAAUAAACUAUGUUAUUAUUUAUAUCAGCUAGUUAUUUAAUCCUAGUUGUACAAAUAUGUACCAAACAGUAAAAUUUAGGUAAUACUUUAGAUAACCCUUCUUAUCCCAGCCAUUUUAUCCAAAAUAUCUCCCAAAACUCCCAGCGAUUUACUGCAAUGUACGUAUGUGCUAGCACUAUUUUGCCGGUUUUGCAGACUUAAAAAAACUUUCGAACAAUCUUAAAUAUUUUAAUUUAUUUUUAUUCAGUGUGCAAGGUACUAAAUUACACAGUAAUAGAUGUGGGAAAUAUAUUAUGCUGAAAAUAAGUUGCAUAACAUUUUGUGAGUUUUUAUUUCUGAAAGAUGUGUUUAUGUAUAAAAAAUAAGUACUCAUAUGAUUAUUUUAUACAAAAGUAAAAUUAAAAUGAGAAACCUGACUAAAAUAAUUAAUUCAUCUCAGUCAAUAAAAAUUUUGGGAUUUAAUUAAAAAUUAAAAGAUUUUCUAGAAUUAGUAGUAAAAGUAAAAUUAAUUAAAACACACUGGUGUAAAAGAAAUAUAAAAAUGUAAAAAGUUCUAAUAAAAAUAACUAAAUAGUGAUGUCAUAUAAAAAUGCAAUGCUCACUCAACAACUAUUUAGUUAGUUAUUUACAACUAGCAUUUAAAAUAGCAAAGUUCAAUGCUACUGGCUAUAAAUUCUGUACCAUUUUUAAAAUAUUGUAUAAAGUUUAGUUCACAACUCUAUUUAAAUGAUUAAUUUUUAGUGAUUGUUUUGGUAUAGCACAAGUGUAGUUUUAAUUACUAAGCCAUCAAUUCUUGAAUGUCAAUAACAAUGUUGUGAUUUUAUGCAGAUGAGCAAAAAUCUGUAUGGAUUGGAUGGAUGUUGGUAUUGAAUUACUAUGGUAUAUAUAUUUAGUUUAAUAGCAACCUAUCACUAAUUUUCUUUGUCUAAUAAGUUUUUCGAAGAUCCAAAACUUGUAUUGAUAAAAUUCUUACCAAAAGUUAAAACUUGAUGGAUGCUAAUCUAAUUAGAAUUGAUUCUAAACUGGUGAUUCAGAGAGAAGUCUUGGUUAAUUGUUUAAAAUCUGAAAAUCAACCAUUUCACUAUUUGUGAUUGAAGUUUGGAAAGCCCUGAUAGAGGUGCUGAAAUAUAAUAUCAAGAUAAUUCAAUAAAUGUUGCUUAUAUA